AUGUAAUUUGAGUUAAUAGAAAGUAUAAAUUCUCUAAUUUAUAGUAUAAAGUUUAGUAAAUAAAGGUAGAUAACAAGAAGCCUUAAAAUAAUGUGAUAUUGCAAUAUCAGAAAAUUCGAAUUAAGUAUAAUUAUAUGCUAUCAAAAGUAUAUUUAUUAGUAUAAAUCUAUAUUUAGCAAAGAUUUUAGAAUCAUUAGGCCUUCAAAAUGAAGUUAUUGAUAUUUGGGAAUAAGGCAUUCAAAAUAAUAAAAAUGAUUUUCUCUUUUAUUAUGAGAAAGGUUUUAAUACUGUAUUGUAAAUUAGUUUUUGCUUUAAGAAGAUAAUAGAAAUAUGAAGAGAUAAUUAAAUGUUAUGAUUAAGGAAUAAUGAAUAACAAGAAUUAAGCUAUAUAUUAUAAUUUUAAAUGUAUUUCAUAUAUUCAUUUAUUUUAAUAGAUAUUGAAUUAGAAAAAUAGGAUAGAUUAGUUGAGGCCAUUUAAGUUUGGGAUUUAGCAAUUGAAAAUAAUAAAACAGACUCAUAUUAUUAUAGAUAGAAAAGUAACAAAAAUUUAUGAAUGAAAUAGUAUAAGCUUUGAUAAAAUGUUUUGGGGAAGAUAAUUGUUAGAAAUAGAUUUUUGAAUGUUGGGAUUAUGGAAUAUAAAAUGGAAAUAAUAAUCUAUUUUUUAUAAAAUCUAAAGGUANUAAUUUUAUUUUUCAAAAGUAAAUAUAUCUAAAUCCUAUUUUUAUAAGUAUUCAAUUAUUUAAUAUAGUUGA